UGUUUGAACACGAAGUACCCGAACGCCGAAACCAUGAAUCGUUGGCUUACAGUGGCCUUCCUGGUGGCUUCCGCCGGAGGAGCAUUCUCGUUAUACUCGGCCAUUUCGGUUGGUUCCACGGGCCUCGCCAACAUGGCCACCAACCUGCAGUCGCUCUCGGUCGUGGUGAACAACUACUACAACGCCCUCAACACUGACCGGACUUUGGUGAACGCAUCUUUGAACGAUUUGGGAUAUUAUGUCAACGUGACUGUUUCUGCGUUGAACAAAACUUAUGGAGCUACGCAACCACCGCUUUCAAUGAUAAUGUCGAUGGCACCGAUGUUCAACUCAACUCUUUCAAUGGGAGAGCUUACCGUUAAUUCCAUGAUUUCGUCAGAUUUAUCUCAAGUGUCCAGUAAUGUCCAGCAGCUGAUUGACAGCAUUUUCCAGAGCUUCUCAAUGUCGCUGUACACGAUGAGCUCGUACGAUCAGUCGUAUACUGAAGAUAAGUGCAUUGCCAAAAACAUGACACAAAUGUCUCAAAUUCCCAACUCUGUGGGCAAGCUGGGUCCGUGUCUGCAGCAAGAGGUCAACACUGCAAACGCCAUCACUCCAACCAUUGUGGCAACUAUUAAACAAGUAAAGAACGAUCUGAUUGCGUACUUUAGCCUAAUGAAAAUUUGCCAGCCAACGUCUAAAACAUGUCUUGAUCAGUUCUUCACGUAUCUCUCGAUGGAUUGGAGUACCUUACAAACUGCACUGUAUACCGUGCAGCAAUAUGUCAUGUAUAUUCAAAUGGAUGCCGCUAACCGUAACCGCGUUUGUGGAGACUUGGUCAGAGCCGACAUUCAGGAUCAAAUUAUGAACUUGCAAUCAACCGUGCAAAGAUGCUCGUAUCCUCAGAUCUAAAAAUUUCAAGUGUAUUUAUGGUACAAUGCAGAGCUCAAGUCGAUGGUGCAGUCAUUGGAUAUUGUUAU